AUGCCUGUCAGGAUAAAUCUACCUCCCGCGACACGCGCCGUACUGAUCAGUCAGUUGGCGCUCUCCUUUUUGUAUAACGUCGCCAGAUGGAGACAACUCGAUGACGGUCCUCCAGCCUCAGGGACGCAAAGUACCCCAAUUGUUCCCUACCUCACGCUUGUUCCUUCGAUGUUCUACUAUUACCCAUGGACUAUCCUCACCGCGACCUUUGUAGAGCAAAACAUCUUCACGGUUCUGAUGAAUGGAGCAACGGUGUUUUACGGCGGGAAAUAUCUCGAACGAGCAUGGGGUUCUAAAGAAUUUGGAAAAUUCAUCUUGAUUAUUGCUCUCAUUCCCAAUGCUUUGAUGAUUAUGAUUUAUAUUUUCUGGGGUGCUGUUACUGGCAGCAGUGUUCGAGGUCUUACACAGAUCUGCGGUGGCGUCGCGCUGCAGGCUUCCUUUCUCGUCGCGUUCAAACAACUCGUUCCUGAGCAUACCGUUACGAUUUUGAAGGGCAUCGUCAAGAUGCGGGUCAAGCAUUUCCCUGCUAUUUUUUUGCUGCUUAAUUCCGUCAGCGGUAUCGUUUUUGGCACCGACACCGCUGCCAUACUUGCUUGGAUCGGUCUUUUGACAAGCUGGACAUAUCUUCGAUUCUUCAAAUAUCAGCCCGAUCUUACAGGCACUUCCACCAACGGUCUCGGUUUUAAGGGCGAUGCAAGCGAGACAUUUACCUUUGCAACUUUCUUCCCCGAUGCUAUUCAACCUCCUAUUGCAUUCGUCACCGAGCAGAUAUAUGCGUUUCUCGUUGCCGUCAAAGUCCUCACCCCGUUCUCCGCCGAAGAUAUCGCUUCUAGCACCGAAAAUGCCGUGGCUCGUGGCCAGGCCGGUCUUCCUAGUUUGCUGAGCAAUCCCGGAAGCAGUGCAAGAAGCGCCGGUAAGCGAGAGGAAGCCGAGCGUCGACGAGCCCUUGCGCUCCGUGCUCUUGACCAGAGGCUACAGGCUGCUACUGCCAGCAAGCCUCCCGCCUUGUCUAGUCAGACUCCUGCUGCACCUUCUAGUACAGCCGCACCUGCUGUAUCUGCUGGGCAAAAUAUGCUCGGUGAAACUACAUAUACCCCGGAUAAUUCGUGA